AUGAGUGCUGAGGCUGGAAAGAAGCAUGGCCAUGCUCCUGUCUCUGGGGACAAGAAGCCUAAAAGGAAGCCAAAGAGAAAGGAAACCUAUUCAGUCUACAUCUACAAAGUACUGAAGCAGGUGCAUCCUGACACUGGCAUCUCCUCCAAGGCCAUGAGCAUCAUGAACUCCUUUGUCAAUGACAUCUUUGAGCGCCUGGCAGCAGAGGCCUCCCGCCUGGCCCACUACAACCACCGCUCCACCAUCACCAGCCGUGAGGUGCAGACGGCGGUGCGGCUCCUGCUGCCGGGGGAGCUGGCCAAGCAUGCGGUCUCGGAGGGCACCAAGGCUGUCACCAAGUACACAAGCGCCAAGUGA